AUGAUAUCAACUAAACAAACGUACGAAAGAAGGGAUUCCCAAAGUCAAGGUCAGUCAAGAGGCGCUUGGUUCCUCGUCACACUCUUAUUCACAAAUCAUGGUCAUGGUGUCUUCACGUUUCUCUUCACUUGCUCUCGCACUCUUCAUCUUCCUUUCCACUCUCGUUUCGUCGGAGUUACUUCUGGAAGAAGGUUACACUGUAACGACCGUGAUCGACGGCCAUCACUUGAAAAUCAAUCCCCACUCGGUUAUCCCUCGACCUGGAUCGUCUGAUCUUAUACUCCUUGAUUCUGCUAAUAGUCUCUUCUACACAUUUUCAUUUCCCCUAUCUCAAGAGAAUGUAAUGAGGCGACUAUCAGGAAACGGAGCCGGAUACCAGGACGGGGAACCGGGUUCGGCUCAGUUUAAAAAACCGAGGAGUUUUGCGGUUGAUUUGAAAGGGAAUGUUUAUGUUGCUGAUAAGAGUAACUAUGUUAUCAGAAAAAUCACUGACUCAGGUGUGACUACAAUUGCUGGAGGUUACUCAAAGAAAACGGGAAAUGACGAUGGACCUGCACAGAAUGCAACAUUCUCAUAUGAUUUUGAGUUAACUUUUGUUCCUGGUAUAUGUGCUCUAUUGAUAUCAGAUCAUGGGAAUCAAUUGGUUCGCCAGAUUAAUCUCAAGGCAGAAGAUUGUUCAAGAAGUUCUCAUUCCGGACUAGGAGCUGCUACAGUUUGGGUUCUAGGAAUGGGACUUUCAUGUUUAAUUGGCUUGGUCAUUGGAAUUGUAGUUCGCCCUUACAUCAUCAGUCAUGAAGCCCUCAACCUUCUCCUUCUCAACAUGACAUGGAGGGACUACCAAAUCAAUCUAGUGAAACAAGUACAGAUACUUUGCUUCGGCAUCAGAAGCGUAGUUGCUAGCUCUACAGUUUAUGCACUCUUGAGGAGGAUCUUUUGGUUGAGCAUAUCCUAUAUCUCCCUUAUGUUUAGAAUCAACAAUUUAGAAUCUAAAACUUCAGACAAGGUUGUAUAUUUGCCUAAAACUUCAAACACGGGUGUAUCUUUGCUUGAUUGUAAUGAUUUGGGUAGUUGUGCAGAUCAAUUGAAAGAUUUGAUAAGUUGUGACGGAAACCUGGACUUAUUGACUGAAGAUAUGUUGAAGCAAGGAAAUGAGAAAGAAGGGACCACUGAUGUUUUGUCUGUCAAUCAUGGAAAGUUAGAUGACAUGAUAAAGGCUAACAUAAUGGGAUUUUCAAGGGAAGCUGAAGACUCUACUCCAGUACUUGGAUCUUCAAUAGGUAGUUCAGGUUUGGUCAAGAGAAACAAGUAGUUGACUUGAAAGGCACAUCCUAGUUUAUUUUAACCGAAGUUGUGAGGCCUGUAAAAAUCUAACCAGCUUUAUUUUCUGACAUUGUCAUCUGGAGUAUGAUUAUGUGUUUGCUUAUCUUCAUUUGAUUUCUUUGUUUUA